CUAGAAUUUGUAGAAACAGCUGAACCGAAAUCAGUAGUUAUCUUUAACUGAACUCAUAGUCUAAGAAUUACGGUAUGUACUAUACUUGGAUAUGAGCUUGCCAUCUUCUUAAAAGUUACAUAAAACGCUGCUGCGGCAACUGUCGUCUUCUUAAGAUCUGAAUGGAGCAUUGAACUCUGCACACCGCACAGUUUUAUUGAAUCCCAUAGCCAGCGAGAUGGCUUUAAAGAUGGCUGGCAGGUGGCAGGAUGGCACAAGUAACCCCCCCGGCUCCACUCCCACUUGGCGCGCUAUAUAUAAGAGCAGCUGCCCUCCGCCACUCCCAUCACAAGGCGUGUCAUCUCAUCCCAAGUUCGGGACACCACCGGCAGCAAACCAAUCAAGAAGGCAGAAGCCUAGCUGUGCCGCGUGCCCCCACGUCCAGCGGUCGAGCACCAACCACCACCACCACCUCCGACGACGACGACGACGACAUCGUCAUGGGCAACAGCUUGCGGUGCUGCCUGGCCUGCAUGGUCCCGUGCGGCGCCCUCGACGUGGUCCGCAUCGUGCACCUCAGCGGGCACGUCGAGGAGUUCAGCUGCCCGGUGGCCGCGGCCGCCGUGCUCGCCGCGAACCCCAACCACACGCUCACCACGGCGUGGUCCCCCUCCGGCGCGCCGGGGUGCGGCUCCAGGAAGCUCGUCAUCGUGUCGCGCGACUCCGACCUCAGGCGCGGCCGCAUCUACUUCCUCAUCCCGUCCGCGACGCUGCCGGCCGACCGGAGGGGCAAGAAGCAGAGCAGCAGCAGCAAGCGGCCGGCCCGCCGCCACCUGCGCGGCAGGAAGAGCGCCGGCGAAGACACGGCGGAGCAGGACGCCUACCUGGGGGACCUGCUGCUCUCCGAGAAGGCCGCGUCGAGCGGCGGCGGCCACCGGCGGCGCCGGAGCGGCGCCCGCGUCGGCGUGUGGCGGCCCCAGCUCGACAGCAUCGUGGAGGAGGCCUCGGACUAGAUCCACCGCUCCAAUUAAUACCUCCAUCUCUCCUCUUUGGGCUCCGCUUACUUAUUAUAUUCUUUGGUUUUCUUUCUCAUCUGCCGAUGCGAAUACCGCGAUCGACCGAGGACGAGGCGCCGGCCGGCUCUCGCCUCUCGAUCCCCCUCGACGCUGUAUUGCGUGAUGUCCAGGGUUGAGCGGCGUUUUAGUUCGGGAGAUGAGGGGGGAAAUUGUGACAAAAUAACUGCACGCGAUGUAGCAGCCCCAACCUGUACAGAAACAUUUGGUUGAGUUCAUCUAGCUAAAAUUCCAAACACAUUCGUC